GGGUUAUUCGAGCCUGAAGGGGAAAAAAUGACGACCGAUCUCUUGCCUUAAACGCCUCUUUUUACUUCGUGAUUUGUUUUAUUUACUCCAAGAAACUGAAGAAUAACUCUGGAGCAUCAGCUGUUAAUCCCAUGAUUUACUGUUGAUCAGAACUUCCCUGAAGAUAUGAAUAGGAAAACCUUCCUCCGCCCGCUGCAUUGUUCUUAUUGAUCACUCUGCAAACUGUCUCAUACUUUAUCUAUAGCAGAAAAACAUGUCAUUACCAAAGGAUCCAGGCAAUCGGGGGAAAGAGAGAGAGCGGGGAGCACGUCCUAAAGUUAGACAGAGCCGGUCAGAAGAGAGACGGGAUACAGGUGCUGGGCGAAAAUCUGGGAAAGCAAAGAAAAAAGGCCUUACUGCUCAUGAACCCACGGCAGAGCGUCCAGUGAGUGAUGGCUUUGAGUAUGGGGAGCUCCUAAAUGAGCUAGAAACCAGGGACAAUUUGUCAUUUUCCCCUCUGCAGGAGAGCUGGAGGUGGCAGGGAUCAGAAGGCACUGGCUCUGUAUUAGGACAGGAGAGGGCAGUAAUGAGGCCAGGGCUUGGUACAGUAAGCUCUGUGGCAGAAUUACCCGCAUCUGGAGAUGUUGAGGGCAGAGGACCCAACAACAGCCGCACCUUAAGGCAAAAGAUUCAAGAUGCAAUGGGCCAGUGUUUUCCAAUCAAGACACACAACAGUGCAGCUGCCACACCAGCACCUCCCCUUUCAUCAUCAACAACCUGUCCAUCCUCAAGGCGUAAGAUCCAUCUGAGUGAGCUGAUGCUGGAUGAUUGCCCUUUCCCUGUAGGAUCAGAGUUGGCUCAAAAGUGGUACCUCAUUAAGCAGCAUACAGCCCCCAUUACACAGCCACCUAUACUGGAUUCUGCUGUAGCUUGCAGUGCUCCACUUGCUGCUAUGGCCACAGUGGUGGAGGAUGUUGAUGACAAGUUGCGAGAACGUCGUCGAAUCAGCAUCGAACAAGGUGUUGAACCUCCACCCAAUGCAGAGAUCCACACAUUUGAGGUGACUGCUCAAAUGAACCAGCAUUACAAACAUGGCCCUAAACUGGCUCAUGGCAUGAAUGAUUUAGCAGGAGGUGACCGGGCCAGUGCCCUCCAGCAGCAGCUGCUUCUGCAGAGGCAGCAGCAGCACCAGCUCCUCCUCCAGAGCUGCCUCGACACUCUAGAUGAGGUGGUGGCGGCGUCUGCCUCCGCGGCUGCCCACGCCGGGGACUCCGACUCAAGUGAGAGCUCUGAAAUUACAGCCACUGACCUGCCAUCAAGAGCCAUAGUGCCUCAUACAGAGUCUCACAAAUGCAAUGAUGGCUACCGCAUUCACACUCAGAUCGACUACAUUCACUGUUUGGUUCCAGACCUGCUCCAAAUAACCAAUCUGCCUUGUUACUGGGGCGUGAUGGACCGCUACGAGGCAGAGACACUGCUGGAGGGAAAGCCUGAAGGAACAUUCCUGCUCCGUGACUCUGCUCAGGAGGACUACCUCUUCUCUGUGAGCUUUCGCCGCUAUGGCCGCUCGCUGCAUGCACGUAUUGAACAGUGGAACCAUAACUUUAGCUUUGACGUCCACGACCCCAGUGUGUUCCAUGCUCCCACUGUCACUGGUUUGUUGGAACACUACAAGGACCCAAACUCUUGCAUGUUCUUCGAGCCUCUUCUAUCCAACCCCAUCUCCCGUACUCACCCUUUCAGCUUGCAGCACAUUUGCCGAGCUGUAAUAAGCAGCUGUACAACCUAUGAUGGUAUUAAUAUACUUCCCAUUCCUAAUUCUUUGAAAAAACAUCUGAAAGAGUAUCACUACAAGCAGAGGGUGCGUGUACGAAGAAUGGACACCUGGUGGGAAUAAAAAUAAAAUUAAUAGAAC